AUGUCGGAGCAGGUGGAAAUUAAGCCUGAUGCUUUGCCAGAUUUAGAUGAUUUAUUGCAAUGUCCCGUGUGUUAUGAGAUCCCGUCGGGACAAAUUUUCCAAUGUAAUGAAGGACACCAUGUAUGUGGACGUUGCAAAAUGCGCCUGGAUGUGUGCCCAGUAUGCAGGGCCUUGUUUUUUGGUACACGUAAUUAUGCUAUGGAAGAAUUGAUUGCCAAUGUUAGAAAACUGAGGGCAUUUAAACUUGGUGGUAAAGUCACUACAGAUACUGGCUCUGGAAAUAAAGCAUCUAAAAUAAACGCAAAUGAAGUACCUGAAACUGAAAGCGUAGUUGAUGAUGCAAGCGAGCCGUCUAGUCAUUCUACGUUGAGACCACCACAAGCUUGUAAAGGUCUUUUCCGUUGUCUCUCAUGCAAGAGUUCAAAAGGAAUAAGAUUCCCUGCAGCUCGUUUGCUCAAUCAUCUGCGUUAUUACCACUCUCCUGAACUUAUUGAGGGCAAAUCUGAAAAUGGUGAAUACGUGCAAGCCUGGCAAUUUUCUACAGUCCCUGGAAGAAUUGUUACUGCAGUUCGAGUAGCAGACAUGGGAAUCUUCUUUUUGAUAAUUGAUAUUGGCACUGAUACUUUUAGUGCGUGGCUGUCCAUGGCUGCAUCUCCUUGGGUAGCCCAUGAAUUUUCCUAUACUAUAACUAUUUCUGGAAAUGACAGAGAGGCAAUUUUCUCUGAUUGUGUAUGGUCAGUCAGAUCGUGUGAAGGCUCUCUGAAGAAACGUGGACAUUGCCUCACAGUAAAUGGGCUCGACGCUAGAGCAUUGGUAGCACCUCCUUCAAUUUGUGGUAAACUGUCUGUGCGUCGUACGCCACCUGACCAACUAACGACCCAAACUCAACCACGCGCUGUUCUGCGAGUAGCCAACAGAGUAAACAAUCGUGAAAAUACACACACACAUGCUCAUGAUCUGGAGCCUUUCUUACAAGACUUACAAAAUGACGUAGCUAGGCUCUCCCGAGCAUUUGCAACGCUCGGACGUGAAGCUAACGCUCUGGUACGUUCUGAAGCAGAAAUGCGAGCUAGAAUCGAAAAUAGACACUCUGGUACAAACGAACGCGCUAGCUCAUCUGAGAGGGAAAAUCCUGUAGAAAAUAAUCAGGCUGACAACAGUACCGAACGUGCUCCGCUCUCACGUAACGCGCGUAGGCGUAUGCGGCAGCGAUUGAGAGCCGCUCUAAACGCCCCGCAGCCUCCGGUGCCCGCACCUCGAGCUGUCAAUGGUAGCCUAUCGCCAGCCGACUGGCAAAAUGGUCCUACCCAUAAUGCUAACGUGCAACGUCACGUUGUGCCCGGUUUGGGUGCUAUGCAACAGCCACCAGUGCCGCCACCAGCAGCACCGACCACCGGGGCGCUGCCUCCACCUGUAGCCCCGCAGUCGUCUAGUGGAACACCCACUCAAUCUCAAAACGGAAACGUGCGCGCCAACAAAAAAAAACGACGUCAUCGUAGAUAA